AUAAUAAUAAUAAUAAAAAUGAAGAAAAAGGUAUUGUUGAUGGGAAAAAGCGGAUCUGGAAAAACGAGUAUGCGGAGUAUUAUCUUUGCAAAUUAUAUUGCCAGAGAUACCAGACGAUUAGGAGCAACAAUUGAUGUCGAACACAGUCAUGUAAGAUUCCUUGGAAAUUUGGUAUUAAAUUUAUGGGACUGUGGUGGUCAAGAAGCAUUCAUGGAAAACUAUUUUGCCUCACAACGGGAUAAUAUAUUCAGAAAUGUUGAAGUUUUGAUUUAUGUAUUCGAUGUAGAAUCCCGUGAAUUAGAUAAAGAUAUGCAUUAUUAUCAAAGUUGUUUGGAAGCAAUACUACAAAAUAGUCCAGAUGCUAAAAUAUUUUGUCUUGUUCAUAAAAUGGAUUUGGUUCAAGAGGAUCAAAGAGAUGUUAUAUUUAGAGAACGGGCUGAAGACUUGAAAAAACUUAGUCUCCCUCUUGAUUGUACUUGUUUCAGAACAAGUAUAUGGGAUGAAACUUUAUACAGGGCAUGGUCUUCCAUUGUUUACAUGCUGAUUCCAAAUGUUAAGGAAUUGGAACAAAGUCUCGAACAAUUUGCCAAUAUUAUUGAUGCCGAUGAAGUUUUAUUAUUUGAAAGAGCAACUUUUCUUGUAAUCAGUCAUUGUCAAAGAAAAUAUCACAGAGAUGUUCAUCGUUUUGAAAAAGUUUCUAAUAUUAUAAAACAGUUUAAAUUGAGUUGUAGUAAAUUAGCAUCUCAAUUUUUGAGUAUGGAAGUAAGAAAUACUAAUUUUGCUGCUUUUAUUGAUGUAUUUACUUCAAAUACAUACGUUAUGGUAAUAAUGUCUGAUCCAGCAAUACCUUCAGCAGCAACGCUUAUCAAUAUUAGAAAUGCUCGAAAGCAUUUUGAAAAAUUGGAACGCGUAAGUCAAAGUUCAGCGUUGAAUGGAUAA